AUGACAUGUGAAUCAUGCGUCAAGUCCGUCUCGGAUUCACUGUACAGCCUGGAGGGCAUCACCAAGGUCGAUGCAAACCUGCAAGACCAGCUCGUCGCCGUUGAGGGGACUGCCGCACCCUCAGCGAUUGUUAGUGCUAUCGAGGCAACUGGAAGGGAUGCUAUUCUCAGAGGCUCUGGCACAUCGAACAGCGCUGCAGUAUGCAUCCUAGAAACAUAUCACGAAAAGGCCAGUGAGGGACCUGCGCCUGCAGAUCUCCCAGAUGGCGAGGGAGGCUUCUGGAAGCAGCGGGAAGUCAGAGGUCUGGCCCGCAUGGUGCAAGUGUCACCCGAGACUACCCUGGUUGAUAUCACAAUGCGCGGCGUCGACGCGGGCAGAUACCAAGCCUCCAUCCGCGAGUACGGAGAUCUCAAGGACGGUGCCGCAUCCGCCGGACCGGUCUGGGCGAGCACCGACGCCACGACUGAGCCUCGGGGUCUCCUGGGGACCGUGGACGUUGGCAAGAACGGACGAGGAUCCAUGUUUGUGGACCACCCUUUUCAAGUCUGGGAAAUUAUUGGUCACGCCAUGGUGGUGCAGAAGGAGGAAAACGCUGCCGGUCCGCUACAAAACGACGAGAACACCGUCGUAGGCGUGAUUGCAAGAAGCGCCGGCAUGUGGGAUAACGACAAGACCGUCUGCUCAUGUACGGGCAAGACGCUGUGGGAAGAGCGAAAGGAUGAGGUUCAAAAAGGCAUGAUCUAA